GUGUAGAUAGAGUAUAUUAGUAUAUGGAGAAUUACAGCAUUUAUCAGUAUAUUUCCACUUACAAUGAUUCGGUAAAGUUGUUCAAUUCUACAGAUUGCGAUUGAGAAUAACAACACCGUAAAGAUAUGGUGUGAUUUCAGUGCGCCCUAGCUAGGGUAAGUCGGCGAUUUUGGGGUCGGCAAGUUUUCUUCGCUCGACGAUUGUUGCAGGGAAUAAGGAAAGCCGUUGUUUUCGUAGUAAGUUCCAGUCACUCGCGAGUUCCUUUGAUUGACGGGCAAUCGCGAUUGUUCUUCGCUCGCAACUUUCCUUCGCGAGUUUUCUUUCACGAGGCGCAGGGGCUAAGGAUCUCCUUUCAAAUCCGAACGAGUAAGGUUUCAAGGUUGCAGGGCUGUAAAUUGCAGGGGUGCGGCUGACUUGGUCUGGGCGGCCUGAUACGUUUGUAUUGUGGAGGAAGGCAAUCCAAUAUGGUCGACGCUAAUGAGAUGGAGGAGAUAAAUAGGCUAGCAAAUAGGUUGGAGAUGGAGGAGGAAGAUGAAGUCCUUCUUGUGGCGGCUAAAGCUUCUGAGAUCGUGGAGGCAAGGCUGACCUUGGUUGGAACAAUCACUUCAGAAAAGUCGGUACGAUUUUCUUUUUUCCGUGACACUAUGGCUAAUGUGUGGAAGCCUACUAGAGGUGUUACUAUUACUGAGAUAGGUGCACGAAGAUUAAUGUUUCAAUUUUACAAUGAAAAUGAUAUGAUACAUGUGUUGGAGGAAGGGCCGUGGACCUUCGACCAGAACCUAAUUGUGUUGCUAGGUUGAAGCUAGGGGAUCUGCCUUUGCAGAUUUCGUUGAACAGGGCUGACUUCUGGGUACGGGUUCAUGACGUACCAAUGAGUUUUUUUUCAAUUGAAAAUUCUAUAAAUAUUGGGAAUUUUAUAGGGUGUUUUAUCAGGGUGGAUGAACAGAAUUUCUCCAUGGAAUGGAAUCCCUACAUGAGAAUAAGGGUUAGCAUUAAUUUGAACAUGCCUCUUAAGAGGAAAAUGUUUCUCCAAACUGACAAAGGGGAAAGCUUUUGUGUUAAAUUUAGGCAUGAAAAAUUGCCUAGUUUUUGUUUUGCUUGCGGAGUUAUAGGUCAUGCUGAAAGAUUCUGCCCGCAUUAUCCAAAUGGCAUAGACAAAAGUGGAGGCUUUCGCUUUGGACCUGAACUAAGAGCUUCAAAAGGAAUCAUGUAUGGGGGAGGUAACAAAUGGCUAGUCCCAGUUGACAAAGGGAAAGGAAGAGAUGAAGAAGAGGUAUUCGGGAUGGUCAGUCCGGAUGCAGAUAGAAGACCGCAACAGGAGAAGGACUUUGCUCAGACAGGAGAUAAGGUGGAACAGAAACACAGAUGUGUGGAUCAUGAGGAUCAAGAGGCAGCACACAAGGGAAUGGACGUGGAGAAGAGCACAACAAAAAACGGAGAGGGGGCGGGCUACAAUGCCCGCCUGUCAGGCAAAUAGAAGAUGAGCUAGGGCAGACACAAGGGAUGGAGGUUUCUAACAUUCAUCACCUGGAUGUUUAUUUUUGUUGCACUUGUUUUCUUUUUCAGAACUCAGUUGUCUAUUGGUUUUUUAUCUUUACUUACAAUAAGGGUGUGGGUAUGGUAGGUUGUUUCUUUCUGAGUAGGUUCUCUCUUGAUGGAGGCAAUCAGGCUGUCACAGCCGCUAAUAGCUUCUUUGCUCUCACCGUUUCAACGAUUAGUCUCGCUCUUAUUGGGGUGAACUAUUAUAUGUCUGAACAUGACGUGAGGGGGCCGAUGAGCUUUUGGUAUUGCGGGUCUAGUGGGAGUAGUGGGGUUUGGAUCUUGAUUGGUGUAAUGACUCUGUUGAAUUUAAUAUAAGCUAUUUCCUUUCAAAAAAA